AUGCCUGAAUCCGCGCGCCAUUUUCGGGUCGGAGAAGGCGGUGAGUUGCUGGGGGUUCCCACGAACAUGAAACGGGAGAUGGCGGCGGCUGGUGAGGCGAUUGCGACGGCCGUUGUACUGUUGGUAAUACCACCUACGUCAAUGAUCAGCGUCCCGAUGCUUACGUUGGUUUUAAGCAAGAGCGGUAGCAGCAUGACGGUUGUGGUGAUGAUGGUCAGCGGAGCACUGUUGAGGAGUUUGAUAGUCUGUCCGGAUUUUCAAUGUCUUGCUCUCCAGCUUCUGUUCCAAGUGACCGAUUACGGAAUACUGAUGUUCACGAUUGACAAGCCCGGUCAAGUCCAUGAAUCUUACGACCACGGUUUCGGACCGUUCCAUAGGAUGUGUAAGUCGUCAGCGGGUGUUUUGGUCAGCGCUUCGGCAAUGUUUACGCAAGCCUCAUUACUAUCCGCGGCGGCAAUGAUAAGAGGUGCGAGUACGGAAUUCAUCAUGGCUUCAAUUAUCGUGGCUAUCAGUCGAGUCUUCCCACUGCCCGCAGCCGCUGAAUUUGCAACUACCGCCUGA